AUGUCAUUCUGUGGAGUAUCCUUCGUUGGAGACAGCUGUCUGCCGCCAUCUACCUCCUCCACACCCCUCCUUGUCGGCGGGUACCACCUGCUCGUGGUCAAUGGCUACUCACGCACAAAUCAGGACACCCCCAACGGCAAGUGCAUACGGUCAAACCACUUCAAGCUCGGAGGCCAUCGCUGGAUCAUCGAGUACUACCCUAAUGGCUACGAACAGGAGAAUACCGACUACAUAUCCUUUUAUCUCGUUCUCGACGAGUACAGCAUCGUCGAGCCUGUCGUGGCGCAGUAUGUGUUUAGCUUCCUUGGUCAGGUUCAGUCGCCGGAGUCAUCGUUGCUCAUCGGCGAAAGGGGAGCGCACGGUUUCUCUAGCACGGACGCAUAUAGUUUCGCCUGUUUGAUGAAGAGACAGAGCUUCGAGAAGUCGAAGCAUCUCAGGAACGACAGUUUCACUAUCAGGUGUGACGUCUCCAUCACUAAGAAUGUCAACAUCGGGGAAGCAGGCGCCGCCGUGCGGUUUGUUCACGUGCCUCCUCCUGACAUUCAGCAUCACCUCGGUAGUCUCCUCCUGUCACAGGAGGGCACCGACGUGACAUUUCAGGUCGGCGACGAGACGUUCAUGGCGCACCGGUGCGUGUUUGCGGCACGCUCCGCUGUCUUCAAGGCCGAGCUCUUCGGCGCCAUGAAGGAGGGGACAGCAGACACCGUCGUGCACAUCGACGACAUGGACGCGAAGGUAUUCAGGCGGUUGCUCGGUUUCAUGUACACCGAUUUCGUGCUGGAGUUUGAAGAGGAGGAAGAAGAGGAUAUGUGGCAGGACCUGCUUGUGGCAGCGGAUAGAUAUGACGUCCCGAGGCUCCGACUGAUCUGUCAACGCAUGUUGUGCCCAUACAUCAACACGGAUACGGUGGCAACUAUGCUUGAGCUCGCUGACAAGCACCAUUGCAAUGGACUGAAGGAUGCAUGCUUGGAUUUCCUCAACUCUCCGGCAAAUCUGCAGGAGGUAACGGCAGCUGGUGGCCUGAAUGAUCUGACUAUCAGCUGUCCUGCUGUCCUUAUAGAGCUUAUCGCCAAGCUUACGUCGUCGCUUAAGCUUGAUAAAUGA